UGAAGUCGCUCUCGCGAUGUUUACACUGAAACGUGCCUUUGCAUCGCGUUCAUGGUGAUAAUCGGCUAUGGCAGCAAGCAUUCUGAAGGGCUGGCGUUUUGGAGUUGUGAGGACUUUGAUGAGGGUGACAGCGACACCCAGAACUAAACAAGAUAUGAAUGAAUUCGGAGGAUCUAGACAGAAAUCGACAGUGCAAUAUUUAAGUCGACCAGACCUUCCUAAAAUAGCCUACCACAAUACAAAAGGAAAAAGCCCUGGUGUCAUUUUUCUUCCUGGGUUUGCAUCCAAUAUGAAUGGACAAAAGGCUUUAGCGCUUGAAGAGUUCUGCAAAUCUUUGGGGCAUUCAUUUUUAAGGUUUGAUUAUUCAGGAUGUGGUGCAUCUGAAGGUAAACUAGAGGAUGGCUCAAUAGGGAAGUGGAAAAAAGAAGUUUUAUCUGUCAUCGAUGAGCUCACUGAGGGACCACAGAUUUUAGUUGGUUCUAGUAUGGGUGGUUGGCUGAUGCUUCAUGCUGCACUGGCUCGUCCAGAGAAAGUUGCAGCUCUUGUUGGAGUUGCCACUGCUUCAGAUCAUUUUGUGACUACAUAUAAAUCAUUAUCUAUUGAGACCAAACAAGAAAUUGAACAGAAAGGAGAAUGGCGGUUCCUUUCCAAAUACAGUGAAGAAGGAUUUUACAAAAUAAGUCCUGAGUUCAUUAAAGAUGCUGAAAACCACUGUUUACUUCACAGCCCUAUACCCAUUACAUGCCCAGUGAAAUUGAUACAUGGCAUGAAGGAUGAAGAAGUUCCCUGGCAUGUCUCAGUACAUGUGGCCGAGAGGCUACUGAGUAAUGAUGUUGAUGUCGUAUUGCGAAAACAUGGGCAACAUCGGAUGUCUCAACCGGAUGAUAUUAAGGUGUUGAUCUUUGUAGUUGAUGAUCUUAUAGACAAGCUGACAACACUAGUGUAAAAUGCUCCUGAAUGACUUGUGUCCUUCCACAGCUGUUUAUCCUCAUUCCUACCUAAAGCACCCUGAUAGGCUGGUUAUUUAAGCUACGAAGGAAUAGAGGGGAAAACCAAAGGUUUACAGUGGGUCGAAAUAAUUGCCAUUUUCGUGUUCCUUUUUAGUGCCCUUAAGCCUUAUGAAUAAGAGAUGUUUUCAUUCUUAUUGUUGUAUAAAUGUAGUUGAUAUGUUAAUGCUGCAUUUACAUAACCAAGGGGAUGGAUACAUAUUAAGGCAGCGUGACUCUUUUGCUUAAUAUAGCAGACCAUCACAUUUUCACCUUUUAUCAGGUGUGAUGUUAGUUGCAUACUGUUUUUUACACAAAUUCAUUUUCUUCUUUAGGCUUCUUUUGCUUCAACUUUCAAAUUCAUGUGCCAGAGUGUGUUGUGUUUUUAUGUGUUUUUUGUUGUUGUUUUAUUUUUAUAAACAAAGUUCCAGCUAAUUUGCCACCUGUUUGUCAUUUUUAUAUAAAAAAUAUUGUACAUGUUCUUUAUGCAAGGAUCAUAAGCUCUGUUAAUUACCAUAAACAUUAAUGGGUUAAAAUAAGUUGAAAGUGGGCAAUUGAUUAAAAAAAACUGAUCACUUUAUACUGUAGGAGUUUGUUCAGUUUUUGUGCAUUUGCCUGGUUCUUUAUUCUUUGUUAUAUUUCUAAUUAAAGCUUUAUAAAGUUAAAAA